CAACACGUGAUCAUAGAGACGCGACAGCAAGAAAAACAGCUCUUAGAGUCCUUAGAAAUGACGCGUAGGAAGAGAAUAGAGCAAAUUAACUCGGCUAAGCAAGAACUGGAAUUUCUGGUAAAACAAAUGAACCAGGCGGCUAAAUUAGCGGAAGGCCUCGUUCAGAGAUGGUCUGGCUUGCAUAUUGUAUCCAACAUGACAACUUUGAAGCAGAAAUUUCAAAAGCUUUGUGGAGUUAAGAUUUCAAGGCAUCAUCCGACAACAUUUGUCAAAUUUACUGCGGCAUCGCAACAAGACUUGAAACUGGGUUUUAUUCAACUCACGGAGAAACCGGCAAAAGCCGCUAAUCGACUGUAAAAGGAUUGGAUCAAACUUUCCAGGCUGGUGUAGAAGUAGAGUUAACGUUGUGUCCAAAAACUGCAGAGGGAGAGAUUUGUAACCAGGCCGAUUUUCACGAUCAAGUUGAAUUGCUGUUAAAACCUGCCGUUGAUGUCACAAACGUGACUGUUCAAGAAAAAGGAGACGGCAAUCUUAGGCUGAAGUUUACACCUAAAGUGCCUGGCGCCUACAGCGUUGAGGUGAAGAUUAAUGGCGAAAAGCUUCCGACCUGUCCGUUCACUUUGCCAGUGAAAGAACGUCAACUUGUCGUAGUCGGUGAAUUUGACUUGAAGUUCAACCAAGGGCAGGAGUUCAAGGGACCAAGUGGAAUCGCCGUUAACAGGCAAGGCGACAUAGCUGUUGCAGAUUAUUACGGACACUGUGUUUUCGUAUUCAAUAAAGAUGGGAACUGUUUACAACAAAUUGGAAAAGAAGGAACAGAUCCUGGACAAUUCAAAAAUCCAAAUGGGGUGUCAUUUUUAAACAACAACGAAAUUCUUAUUGCAGAUCAAUCAAAUAACAGAAUACAACACAUAAAUAUCCAGACAGGAACUGUUGUAAAAACCUUUGGAAAAGAAGGUGAGGGAAAAGGACACUUUAAGACUCCACUUAGUAUUUGCUUUGACGAUACAGAACGAAUUGUUGUCACUGAAUUCAAAAACAAUAGAGUUCAAGUAAUGUCAAAAGAGGGCGAAGCUCUAUUCACAAUAGGAGACAAUGGUCCAGAGAAACUCAGCACACCAUACGGCUGCGUUCCUUACAAAAACAUUUUCCUGGUAACUGAAAGAGACAAUCACGUCAUGAAAGCAUUUGAUGCGUCAAACACUUUCCUGUACAAGUUUGGCGAAAAAGGGAAUCAAGAUGGACAGUUCGACGCGCCCCGUGGCAUGUGUUUAGACGGCUCUAAUAACCUUCUUGUUUGUGACUCAAACAAUAACAGAGUUCAGCAAUUUUCUUUGGACGGUCGCUUUACAGGCAAAACUACCGUUCCUUUACAAGGUCCAAGUCGAAUUGUAACAGCGCCAGAUGGGCGUAUACUAGUCUCUUGCAAAAAAGCAAGUAAAAUACACAUUCUGAGGUAAAUCUGUUACAAUUCUAUGAAUCAUUCACAUGCUGUAUGCCCGCGGAAACCUAAGUCGAAUACUUUCUUUUUUAAAGCAAAAUUUUUUCACAAAUGGCAAACACUCAACGGUGUAAAUGUAUUGUUAGCCCUUAGGGGGAGGGUAAGCACAAAAUUGACUAAUGGCCCACAAGCAGUCAGAUAUAUAGGAAAAUUAUCUUCAGAAAAGGAGACUUAACGAGUCUAAGAUAGAUUUAACCAGUCUUGUUGUGGUCUGCCUUUCACUUCAUCUGGUCGAAUGAGAAGAGCAGAUAUUUCAGGAGGACACAGCUCUUAUCAGGACAAAGAACUACCAGGUGGUCUAAUGUAAUCUGGGGAAAACUUCAAGAAAAAAAAAAGAGAAAAAGAGACAAUUAAUAUUAAUUAAAUAAUUAUUAAUAUCAAAUAAUUAUUAAUAUCAAAUAAUUAUUAUUUAUUAAUUAUUAAUUAAUAAUAUCAAACUUCUGUGCCUUGUACAAGGGGUUUCAAAUAGUUAGGUAAAAAGGUUUUCAUUGGGUAUAUUUAUCACCUCUUGAGUUAAAGGGUGAAGGCACUGGAAUUGAUAUCCAGAGUUCCCCGGUCCUAACCAUCCACUCUGCCUCCAAAUAAGAUUUAUUUCUCUUUAGUCCCAAGGAAAUUUUGUUCCUGGAGCAUUGUAAACAACCAACUGGUUUGCCUUCUAUUGGUUGAACUUUUGAACAACUUAAUGUAUAAUAUUCAAUAUAAGCAUGUUUAUAUGACUUACCCAUUUAGCACUCAGGUG